AUGGACACCACCACCCCCGACGAUAAGGGCAUCUCGACCCAGAACGAGAUCGAGAACACGAGUCUCGCUCCCAGGAAGCACCAAUUCCAAUUUUCGUCCAAGACCAAAGAGCACGACGGUGACGUGGCUCUGCAGCUCUUCGCCAACCCUGACGACCUUCACGACCCGAUCGAUCCACUUGAAGAGAAGAAACUCAUUCGAAAGGUCGACCUUGUCAUCCUCCCUCUCAUCGCCGUCAACUACGCGUUCUUCUACAUUGACAAAACCACGCUCUCCUACGCUGCCAUUUUUGGGAUCAAGGAAGACUUGAACCUGCACGGCACACAGUACAGUUGGCUCAGUAGUUUAUUCUACUUUGGAUUCCUAGCAUGGGCGUUCCCGACCAAUUUCCUCAUGCAAAGACUCCCGUUGGGAAAAUAUGUUGGAUUCAAUAUCUUCAUGUGGGGAUUCUUCUUGAUGCUCCAGGCGGCAUGCAACAGUUUCACGACCUUGAGCGUCUUACGAGCCCUGGCUGGUGCGGCUGAAGCAUGUUCAGAUCCAUCGUUCAUGUUGAUUACACAGAUGUGGUACACACGAAAAGAACAGCCACUCAGAAUAGGUCUUUGGUACACUGCCAACGGCGCCGGCAUAGCACUGGGUGGCCUCUUGGGGUACGCCAUAGGUCACAUCAAAGGUGCCCUCGCAUCCUGGAGGUAUGAGUUCAUCAUCAUCGGCGCCCUAUGCUGCGCUUGGGGUAUAGUGAUCGGUAUCUUCAUGCCCGACUCGCCCGUGACUGCAAAGUUCUUGAACCAGCGAGAAAAGAGGAUAGCUGUCGAACGACUCAAAAGUAACCAGACUGGUAUUGAAAAUAAGCAUCUAAAGGGAUACCAAGUUGUCGAAGCUUUCACGGACAUCAAGACAUAUCUACUCUUCCUUGUAGCCUUGGUUGGGAACAUACCCAAUGGUGGCAUUUCGAAUUUUGGAACAUUGAUCAUCAAAGGAUUCGGUUUCUCCACACUCGUCACGACGCUGAUGCAAAUCCCCUACGGCGCCUUCAUCAUCGUGUCGAUCCUGACGUGCGUGUUUCUGAACGACCGCUUCGCCAACAACAAGCGCUGUCUAUUCAUCUUGAUCUUUCUCUGCCCCAACAUCGCCGGCGCGUUCGGACUGCGGUUCGUGCCCGAGGAGCACCACGUGGGGAGGUACAUAUGCUACCUCCUGACGGGACCGUACAACGCAGCGUUUGUGAUGAUCUUGUCCCUCCAGAUCGCAAACACGGCAGGACACACGAAAAAGGUCGUCACCAACGCCGUGCUGUUCCUGGGGUAUUGCACCGGGAACAUUGCCGGUCCGUUCUUUUACAAGACGAAUCAAACACCAGCGUAUCCUUUGGGAAUAUGGAGUAUGAUUGUCAGUCAUUUACUGGAAGUUGUCAUCGUCAUUACAUUUUGGAUCUUGAUGAAGAUGGAAAACGCGAGACGAGACAAGAUCCAAGCUGCGCAGGAAGGCGGGUUGGAAGGGAGAGAUUUGGACGCGACUGCUUUCGUGGACCUUACCGAUCGGGAGAAUCUGAAUUUCAGGUAUAUCUAUUGA